UCGGACUCCAAAACGCUCCCUAUUGAAAUGCACUCGCCCGGAUCGAUUGGCCCACCCAAUAACCGACCCUGGAUUUGUGAACCCUCAUUUUGAAAUCAGUACAAACGUUUCCAAGAUGGAUCUUCUCCGCAAAACCUACACAGCUGAUUCUGAUGACGAAGGUGACGAUAGGAAAUUCUUAAAUUCCACGGCAAAAAGGCUCAGACCUUCUUCAAAUUCACAAUACUACCACACCGCCAUUCCUCCUCUUCCUGCUCACCCCCCUGAUUACCCUUCGCGACGUUCUGAUGAGGCUUCAGUUCCUGGACGUUACGUGUCAAAGCGCGAACGCUUGAUUCCAACUCCUCCUUCUAGGGUUUCAGAUACCACUGUUUCUUCCACCGGCCAUACAUCGCCUGGUGUGGGUAGCAUUUCUGACGCAGACUUGCCAUAUGAUGUUCUAGCAUCAUUGAGGCGCCAAACAAAGGCUUGGACAAAAAGCAGUAAAACUCCAGAAAGUCUCUCAAUAAAGUUAUCUGGGCAUACAAAUGCAGUCAAUGCCAUACAUUGGUCACCAACACAUGCACAUCUUCUUGCCUCUGCUGGCAUGGAUCAGAAUGUCUAUGUCUGGAAUGUAUGGAGCUGUGGUCAGAAGAGAGCCCGUGUCUUCCACCAUCAUAAUGCAGUAGUUAAAGAUGUCCAGUGGUCAAAACAAGGGUUGUCUUUGCUAACUUGUGGAUAUGACUGUUCAUCUAGGUUGAUUGAUGUCGAGAAGGGAAGUGAAACAAUGGUGUUUAAGGAAGAUCAGAUGGUGAGGGUCAUUAAGUUUCACCCAAAUAAUCCCAACCUUUUCCUAUCUGGUGGAUCUAAGGGCUCUUUGAAGCUCUGGGAUUUAAGAACCAGCGAUAUCGUCCAGCAAUAUGUUAGAGGUCUUGGUCCUAUCCUAGAUUUUGACUUCAGUAUCGAUGCUAAACAUUUCAUUUCUUCCUGUGAUGUGUCUGGAGGAAAUGUUAGUGAGAAUUCAAUCAUUGUUUGGGAUCUCCGACGACUAGUACCUCUCUCCAACCAGGUUUAUGUGGAAGCAUAUACAUGCCCAUGCAUCCGAUAUCACCCAUUCGAUUCCUGUUUUGUUGCUCAGUCUAAUGGGAAUUAUAUUGCAAUCUUUUCGGCCAACUCACCCUUCAAGUUGGACAGGUAUAAGAGGUAUGAGAAGCAUGGGGUCUCUGGUUUUCCAAUCCGAUGUGGUUUCAGUUUGGAUGGUGAGUUACUGGUUACUGGUUCAGCUGAAGGAUGCAUAUAUUUUUAUAGUUAUAAGUCCUCCAAGCUUGUUAAGAAACUGAAGGCAUAUGAACUGGCUUGCAUAGAUGUUGCUUUCCAUCCUCUAUUGCCCAAUGUAUUUGCUUCUUGCAGUUGGAGUGGUGAUGUUUCUGUGUUUGAAUGAGAAUUAUUUACAGUCUUUGGUCUCCAUUUGUCCCCCAGUUAUUGAAAUGGUAAAUAUGUUUCGUUACUGGCAA